AUGGACAUUACAAAAUCUCCGGGAUACAGAGAUUUCAUGUGGGCAGUUAAUUUACAUCGUAUUGGAUUUGAAAUGGUGGGCUUGUGGCCUAAACUCAACAAAUGUACCGAAAAAAGUUUGUGGUCAGAAAUUUGGGUUGCUAUCAUUUAUAUUUUAUUAAUAUUUGUUUCUAAUGUUCCAAUGAUAUGUGCGGUUAUAGAAGUUUGGGGUGACAUGGUACUUGUAAUAGAUAAUUUACAUACAACGUUACCCCAACUGAUAAUAUCAGUGAGAUACGUCAUAAUACGAUGGAAACAAACAGUUCUAUUGUCAAUUAUAAACAUGAUGGCGGAAGACUGGAUAGCAUUCAAGCAAGAUAGAGAAAGAAACGUGAUGAUGAAACAAGCACAAACAGCACGAUUAAUUAUGAUAAUUGGAUAUAUUUUCAUGGUAAUAGCGAUUCUCGCAGUAAUCAUUCCACCUUGUUUUGGCAUUUCAGUGAUAUACGUAGCGAAUCUCACCGGUGUGCGCAAAACAUUACCGUUAAAGACAUUUGUCGACAAUAUUGAAAAUACGUACUCAGUAAUGAUGUUAGUAUUGAUAUUUACUAACAAAAAUAUAGCUAAUGCUGAUGUCGCACAAGGAUACUUCUCACUAUUACUUCUUGUUAUCUUAUUAAUGAAUACUUUUCUGUAUUGUGUAGCAGGAGAGCUUGUAACAGAACAAAAGGGUGUAGUGUACCAUGAGCUGUUGAAAUCUGGUCAAACAGUCACAGGAGAUUUCUACCAACAACAAAUAAUCCAUUUGAGCCGAGCAUUGCGCGAAAAACGACCAGAAUAUGAAACAAGACGGCAUAAAGUGAUCUUGCUUCACGACAACGCUCGACCUCGCGUCACAAAACUCGUUAAGGAAACGUUAGAAGCACUUCGCUGGGAAGUGCUACCUCAUACGGCUUAUUCACCAGACUGUGCCCCUUCCGACUACCACCUGUUUCGGUCAAUGGUACACGCACUUGCAGAGGAACACUUCAACUCUUAUGAAAGCAUCGAAAAAUGGUUUAACUUUGAUUUCAUAUGGGCAGUUAAUCUACAUCGUUUAGGAUUAGAAACAGUGGGUCUGUGGCCCAAAUCCAACAAAUGUACUAAGAAAAGUUUCUGGCUAGAAAUUUGGGUCGGCAUCGUUUUUAUUUUAUUAAUAUUUGUUUCUAAUAUUCCACUAAUAUGUGCAGUUAUACGAGUUUGGGGCAAUAUGGUAUUUGUAAUAAACAAUUUACAGACAGCAUUACCUCAGAUCAUUGUAUCAGUGAAAUACGUUAUCUUACUACGGAAACGAACACAAGAUUGGAUAGCAUUCAAACUGGACGGAGAAAGAGAUGUGAUGAUAAAACGAGCACGAACAGCGCGAUUAAUUACAUUGAUUGGAUAUAGUACGAUAACAACAGCGGUUCUCACAAUAAUUAUUCUUUCUUGUUUUAGCAUUGAAGUAACAUUCGUAUCGAAUUCUACGAAUAGGCAUAAGUCAUUACUGUUUGAAACGUAUCAUUUUUACGAUUCAAAUAAGAGUCCGCAAUUUGAAUUGACAUAUUUUCUUCAGACUGUGACACUAUUGUUGUCGGCUAUCAUUUAUAUGUCUAUAGAUAUUUUUCUAGUACUGAUAGUUUUUCACAUUUGUGGCCAGUUAGAAAAUCUUAGCUGUCACUUGCCAACUAUGUCGAAAGUACAUACUCUGUAA